AUGAGAAACCCACUAUCGACCGAUCCAGUCGAUGCCCCACCGCUUCACCGCCCCGUCGUCCUCAAUAACGUGCCAGCCGAUCAUCCCGAGCUUCUAAACUUCAUCAAGUACAAGGAGGGCGAACCUUUCCUCGCCGUUCACGAUAGUCAACUGGUUGAGUUGAGGCGGCCUCGCGAUGUUAUGAGCUUUUCCGUCGAUCUGGCCAAUGCGGGAUACCAACCGGCACUCAACGCCACAAACUUUCAAAUCAGUGUCAAGGAUUCUCUGGAACAACUGGCUUACCGGUGGAAGUUCUUAUCCCAGCCUAAGAUAUGA